AUGAAAAUAAAGGCAGUUAUUUUUGAUUUCAAUGGCAAUUACAUUUCAAAUUGUGGAAAUGAAGAUUACUGGAAUGCUUAUGAAGAAUAUCUUAAUUUACCUAGCGGAUCAAUAAAAAAAACUAUGAAUAAUUCAGAAAUAGCCUUAUAUCAAAUGUUUACUGGUAAGAUAAGUGCCGAACAAUUUGAAAAAAUGUAUUUUAUUAAGGCAUUUAACAGGCAACACAAUUUAAAUAUAGAACCAUUUCCAAUAAUUAGAGAUUUUGUUGAUGUAUAUAGUGAUGAUAAUAUACUUGAGGAGUAUACAAUGAAAAAUGCUAUAAAUAAUUUACGCAAUUCUGAUAAAAAUUACAGACAAAGAAGAUUACCAUCAAAUAGAGACUCAUAUGAUGUAAUAGUUGAGUCAUGUAGAGAAGGAGUUAUGAAACCACAUCCAGAAAUUUAUAGGAUUAUGUUAGAUAGACUGGAUGUUGGAGCAGAAAAUUGUAUUUUUGUUGAUGAGUCAAAUUAUAAUUGUGAGACAGCUGAUCUACUAGGAAUGAAAUCUAUUCUUCUAAAUCCUAUGGAUCCAUCUGCAUGUCUUCAAAAAUUAGAUGAUGUGUUACGUUGCCAAAAAACUUCAUAA